GAAAGUGAAAAGACAUCGACUUGCACAUUACCCCAAUUUCUAUUUUUCUGUAUUGAAGGACAACAUUUUAUGGAAACAAUUUAUGCAAAUCUCAGUUAAUUAUUUGUAAUGUGUUUACUGCGAAUUCCCGCGAGGAUAAUUGACUGCGACUUCUUAUUUUUCUUGUAACAGUAGUCGCUGGGUCCUCCCACCUAUGCGUAAAACCCCAAGCACAUGUCGGGAAACCCAUCCAUCCAAUCUUACUACCUUUGCGGUUCAAUCUCUCAGCGGCAAUGUCCUUCAUUUAUCAAGAACAGAAACAACAGAAUAGACCCUCAACGGACGCAUUAACUAUAAUCAGUGUUUUUCAUACCGCAGAGUAGUGAGUUGGUGUCAUGAGUACAAAAAUUGAGAGGACUAUUUUAUUACUUGUGCUUUUUUUCCUCGUCUCUUGGGUCUAUGGAGAGAAAUACAAACUGUGUGUAGUUGAUGGACGAGGAGGUUUCAAACGCUCAGGGCGUUAUUGCCCAAUUCUGGAUAAACCAGACAGUAAAGUUGAAUGUGUUCUUGGAAUAGACAGGCUAGACUGUUUGCGUAAAAUCUCCAAAGGAAAAGCCGAUUUUUCAGUCUUUACCCCGGAAGAUUUAGUAACGGCCACAAACUCCGAGAUUGAGGUUUUGCUCACAAACGAGUUGCGUUACACCGAAGACAAGUAUGAAUACGAGGUGGUGGCUGUAAUCCAGAAUGCGUCAGGCAUCAAAAGCAAACACGACCUCAAAGACAAGAACUUCUGCCACCCUGGCUACGGCUACGAGACCGAUUGGACCAAAAUCCUCUCAAAUUAUUUGGAAGCUUCAGUCAUUCCUCAAAGUUGCGAAACUAAGUACACCAUCACCGAAAAUCGCAUCCGAUCGUCAUCGCAAUUUUUCCGAAGUGCGUGCAAAGCCGGGCCUUGGGUCAACAACCCAAAACUCGACCAGGAACUGAAGGCUAAAUAUCCGAAUUUGUGCGCACUUUGCGAUAACCCCUCGCGAUGCGAAAUGUCCGAUAAGUACUGGGGACGUCGAGGGUCUCUUUUUUGUCUGACAGAUGGUGCUGGGGAUAUUAGCUGGGCGCGUUUGGAUGAUGUCAAGCUUCACUUUGGGCUGGUACCAGGAGGUGCAGAAUCAUCUCCUGAGGGUUAUAGUUUUCUGUGCCCGGAUGGUACCACCAGACCAGUUAAUGGAACAAACCCCUGUGUUUGGGUGGUGAAACCAUGGCCUGUGGUUGCGUCAAAGCGAACAGUAGCGCAAGAAGUACAAGAGUUUGUUAGUUCCUUGUCGAGUGCGGAUAGCUACUCGUGGCAAUCCGCUGUCUUAAAUUUGAUUGAGACUUUCCAUUUGACCAUCAAUAAGCUUGAACCAAUUAAACCCAUCGAGAGUUUUCUCGAACAAGCGACUGGUUUUUUAAACGCUAAUAGCUUUUCUGGGUGUCAUCCUCCGAGAACAAUCAGGAUUUGUACCACUUCGGUACUUGAAAACGCCAAAUGUUCGUGGUUGAGGGAAUCGGCAGCUGUGUAUGGUGUUGAACCAGAUUUAGAUUGUCUCAAAGCGGAUAACACAACACACUGCAUGGACGCAGUUAAGAAUAAUGCAGCCGACGUUGUUAUAGUACCACCAGACUUGCUAAACAAAGCGAUAAACUCCUACAAGCUCAAAACACUUUUCUAUGAAACCGUCAAUGACAACGGGAAGUACCUCACGGUCGCGGUAACUCGAAACACGACCAAAAUCUCCAAUUUUGAAGAUUUGCAAGGCUUCAAGGCUUGUUUCCCUAUUUUUGAUGGAAUUGCGUGGAACACAGUGGUCCAUACGUUACAUGAGAAGAAACUUCUAAAUUGUCCUUCCACAGAAGGUGUUCAAAGUUUCUUUGGCCCGAGUUGUAUCCCAACUUUGCACCAAAACCACCAAAAUUGCGAUAGUAACUCGUAUUUGGGCGAAUUUGGAGCUUUGAGGUGUCUAUUAGAAAGGAAAGGAGAUGUUGCUUUCGUUUCAAAAAACUCACUUAUUGAUUUUAUCGACAGUCCGAUUGAAAAUAAAUUUGGUCGAGUUAAGUCAAAUUCGUUUAAUAUUUUGUGUAAGAAAAAGGCUGAAGGUUGCCAUUUGAGUUGGGCUCCAGUUGGGCAAGCCAUGGUCAGGUCUGGUAGUACCGAUCUUUGGAUGAAAGAUACCCUCGAUGUUUUUCUACAAUUAGAUACGCUGUUUGGAAGGAAUUACAAGUCGUUAACGACGCCUUUUCUGCUUUUUGGGCCUUAUAAUGGAAGGCCUAAUAUUCUGUUUCAUGAUAACACUGUAAGGCUGAGAAAUGUCCCAAUUGUUAGAAAUUUUGAUAAUAUGAAACGCCUGUAUCAAGAUAUUAUUGUUAGUGAUAUUGAUUGUAACGGUGCGUCUUCCUUAAUUCCUGUAGUAUUUAAUCUUUUCGUUAUGUAUUUAUUUGUAUUUAAUUUACAGUAAUUCGGAACCAAAAGUACUUAUGAUCACUGUGAUAUUAAAUAUUUUUUUAUGCCA